UGAUUGACGUGUACCAGGCCUGGGCCGGACCGUGCGCUGCCGUGAACGGGAUGCUCCGCAGGAUCAAGAACGAACUGGGAGACGACCUGCUGCGGUUCGCCUCGGCUGAAGCUGACAACAUCGAGGCGCUGGAGAGAUAUCGGGGAAGAUGUCAGCCAACUUUCCUCUUCUUUGCAGGAGGGGAACUUGUGCACGUGAUACGAGGCGCGAACGCGCCGCUGAUUAAUAAAGCCAUCCCAGACCUGCUGAAGGCGGAACACAGUGUGCUGGAGGACGGGUCCGAGAGGAAAGUGAUCACCGACCCGAUAUUUGACCAGGAAGACAAGGAAGCUGAUGCAGAGGAGGAGGAGGAGGAGGCUGGGGAGGAAGAUGCCGGCCCUCAGAAGGAGGUCACCGUCGCCAUCAUCAAGCCUGAUGCUGUGCAGGCGGGACAUGUGGAGGACAUCAUACAGAGGGUGAAGGAUGCUGGGUUUGAGAUCCUGGCCCAGGAGGAGAGGAUGCUGACGGAGGAGGAAGCUCGGGAGUUCUACAGUCACAAGGCCGAUGAGGAGUUCUUUGACGAGCUGGUAGCGUUCAUGGCGAGCGGCCCCUCCCACGUGUUGGUUCUGUCCAAGGGCGAUGAUGCAGGCGCAGAGGUCAUCGAUGAGUGGAGGAAGAUCAUUGGUCCGUUUGACUCGACCGUUGCCAAGGAGGAGGCACCAGACAGCUUACGAGCCCAGUAUGGUACAGACAAGAGCAUGAACGCCCUGCACGGCAGCGACUCUCACGAGAUGGCCACCAGAGAACUCGCUUUCUUCUUCCCCAACUUCCAGAUUCCCAAGUCAGAAGCGAAGCCUGCAGAGAAGAGACUGCAGAGAACGCUGGCACUCAUCAGGCCCGACGCACUCAAGGAGCACAAGGAUGAGAUCCUAGCUAAGAUCCAGGAGGCUGGCUUCACAGUGGCCCUGCAGAAGGAGAUGCAGCUGACCAAGGACCAGGCAGCAGAGUUCUACAAGGAGCACGAAGGACAGCUGGGGCUGGCCCGGGAGGAUGCAGUGGAGCGCUGGAGAGACCUGCUGGGGCCGAAGGAGGUUCCUGUGGCCAAGGAGGAGGCUCCAGACAGCCUGCGUGCCCAGUUUGCUGUGGAGGACGUCCCCAUUAACCAGCUCCACGGCAGUGACAGUGUGGACCAUGCAGAGAAGGAAGUUCAGUUCUUCUUCCCCAUGCAGCAGACACUCGCCGUGGUCAAGCCGGACGCACAGGAACACAAAGAUGCGAUCAUAGCCAGAAUCAAGGAGGCCGGGUUCAACAUCGCCUUCCAGAAAGAGACUUCUCUGACGGAGGAGCUGGCACAACAGCUGUACACGGAGCACGAGGGGAAGGAGUUCUACCCACAGCUGGUGGAGCACAUGACCAGCGGCCCGUCGCUCUUCAUGGUGCUCUCAGUUGAGGACGCGGUGGAAAGGUUCCGUGAGCUGAUGGGCCCGACCGACCCAGAGGUGGCUAAGGAGCAGUGUCCGGACUCGUAAGUUUCCUUCCCGUGUCUCAAGCCGAACACCCGGGGACAGACGACAUGGGGCUGCUGGAGACUGCUGCACUUACCAAUCAUGGCAGGAACAAUUGAAGAAGUCAAAAAGCUUUUAUCAUUCUUUGAAUUUCAGAGUGAUUUGCACUUUUGGCGAUGGCACUGUAACAGUUGUAAACUGAAACUAUUCAGGUUUGAAAAGAGUUUGGAAAAACUGCCAACAUUUUGGAAAAGAAGCGCACAAAGUAUUUGAAAAAAUCAUUCUGUUAGAAUCGGCUUCUGGUUUUAGUAAAUUUCCAAUAGCCUUAGUAUUCUGUGAGUUGGACCAAGAAGAAACUAAGGAGAUGGAAAUUUUUUAGAUCAUAGCUUUCUGUUGAGGAAUUGAUGAAAAAUAGAAAAAAAGGUAAUUGAUCAUUAAAGUCAAUAACAUUUGAAAGAAAUUAAAACUUUUGAUAGCUUUUCCUCAAUAAAACCUAGAAGAAAAGAGCAUAAAGUGGUAGCAGUCUCCUCCUCAGGCCCAUGUGCUCUCGUCCCCGGGGCAGCCAGGCCGGUGUGUAACG